AUGAGUCUGGUGGGGGGCUUUCCCCACCACCCCGUGGUGCACCAUGAGGGCUAUCCGUUCGCCGCCGCUGCCGCCGCCGCUGCCGCCGCCGCCGCCAGCCGCUGCAGCCACGAGGAGAACCCCUACUUCCACGGCUGGCUUAUUGGCCACCCGGAGAUGUCGCCCCCCGACUACAGCAUGGCCCUGUCCUACAGCCCUGAGUAUGCCAGCGGCGCCGCCGGCCUGGACCACUCCCAUUAUGGGGGAGUGCCGCCCGGUGCGGGGCCUCCGGGCCUGGGGGGGCCGCGCCCGGUGAAGCGCCGAGGCACCGCCAACCGCAAGGAGCGGCGCAGGACUCAGAGCAUCAACAGCGCCUUCGCCGAGCUGCGGGAGUGCAUCCCCAACGUGCCUGCCGACACCAAACUCUCUAAAAUCAAGACACUGCGCCUGGCCACCAGCUACAUCGCCUACCUCAUGGAUCUGCUGGCCAAGGACGACCAGAACGGCGAGGCGGAGGCCUUCAAGGCGGAGAUCAAGAAGACCGACGUGAAAGAGGAAAAGAGGAAGAAAGAGCUGAACGAAAUCUUGAAAAGCACAGUGAGCAGCAACGAUAAGAAAACCAAAGGCCGGACAGGCUGGCCGCAGCACGUCUGGGCCUUGGAACUCAAGCAGUGAAGAGAAGAAAGAGAGCUGGGGAGCUCGGGGGCCGAGGCGCCAGAUGCAGACCCAGGACUCUCCGAAAGCCCUCGGACUCCCUUCUGAGGACUUCUAGCUGUUGGAUAAUCCGGUUUAUUUAUGUGCAAUUUCCUUCCCCCAUUUUUUUGCCCCCCCCAUUUGAGGCAUCCGCUCCCCAACUCCCUCUCCAAAAAAAAGUGGAUAUUUGAAGAAAAGCAUUCCAUAUUUUAAUAUGAAGAGGACACUCCCGUGUGGUAAGGGACCCCGUCCUUCUGUGUGUGAAUGUUCCCUCUUGGCUGUGUAGACACCAGCGUUGUCCCCUCCCCCACUCACCCAACUCCUUCCAGAUAAAGAAGUGGACACUAGUGCAUAUGUGAAGUGUAUCUUUAAUCCUCGGCCUUUGGAUAUAAAUAUUCCUGGGGUUAUAAAGUUUUAUUUCGAAGCAGAAAGCAGGGCCGCUACCAUUUGUGUUGCGGGUCGGGUAUCUAGUGCUGUCAUUUCAAAUGUUCCCCAUUGGAAGAUGUUUCCACCAGCUACUUGUUUUGUGCACUUCCGUCCUCCAAAACUAAGUGGAAUUUAAUUAAUAUUGAAGGUGUAAACGUUGUGAGUAUUCAAUAAACCACUGUGUGUUUUUUUUUUACAAAAAAAAAACCUAAUCUUUAUAUGGGUGAUACCUCAAAAGAAUUUUGAAAACAAAGCUGUUAUCCUUGUUUUCAUAGUAUUUAAAAUAUUCAGAAGUAAACUAAAUUAUCGUAA